AUGUCUGAGCGUAAGCCCUACGCCAACGACUCCAUCGGAGACGUUGAUGCGCCUUACACCACCACCACAACCACCAUGGACGAAAAGGCCGAAAUCGCCCGCCAUCAUGCCGCGGUCGACGCGGAUGUGCACCAGCUCGCUGAGAAGCGCGGCGACGGCGCCGACGGCCUCGCGCCAAUGGACGACAUUGAGCAGGUCAUUACCAAGAUUGAGGUGCUGGGCGUCGAAGAGUGCCGCCAGAUCCUGUCGGAUAUGCUAGAGUACCACAAGUACGACUACAACUUUGGCGAGACUACUCGCGCUCACUUUCAGCGCCUCAUCGACGGGCCUGCUGAUGGCCAGACGCCCGAGGAAUGGGAGACGGAACUCAAGACGGAGACUGCCGUCAACAAGUUCUUUUCUCCCUACCCCGAAGUUCGCGCCAUCACCACCCCGACGGACGACGAAGACAUGCCCUGCGAAACACCCCGCGCCGUAUUCCUCGGCCUCUGCUGGGCUGUCGUUUCUCAAUUCACAAACUCCCUCUUCAACUCUCGCUACCCUCAAAUCACCCUCUCCUCCUCCGUCGCACAAAUCCUGCUGUACCCCUGCGGCCUCCUCUUCCAAUACAUCCUUCCCGACUGGGGCUUCACCUGGCGCGGCUCUCGCGUGUCCCUCAAUCCUGGUCCUUGGUCCUACAAGGAGCAGAUGCUGGCUACCAUCAUGAUCAAUGUCGGAAGUACCUCUGCCUACUGCUUCUGGAACAUUCAGACACAAACCGUCUACUAUGGCGACAAGUGGCUGACCCCCGCCUACAGCAUUCUGCUGCUCCUCUCUACCCAGAUGAUGGGUCUUGGCUUUUCCGGUCUGCUCCGCCGUUUUGUCAUUUAUCCUGUGGAAGCUAUUUGGCCCAGCAUUCUACCUACUCUCGCUCUAAACCGCGCUUUGCUCGUGCCCGAGAAGCGUGAAACCAUUCAUGGCUGGUCCAUCUCCCGAUACAAGUUCUUCUUCAUCGUGUUUGCCGCCAUGUUUGUCUACUUUUGGAUUCCCGGAUAUCUAUUCCCUGCUCUAAGCACAUUUGCAUGGAUGACUUGGAUCGCUCCCCGUCACUUUACUCUCAACACCAUUACGGGCUCCCAGGCCGGCCUGGGAUUCAACCCCAUCCCGACCUUUGAUUGGAACUACCUAGCUGUCUACUCGCAACCGCUGGUCUACCCCUUCUUUGCGACCAUCCAACAGUACAUCGGAACCAUCAUUGGCGGUCUUUGCAUCGUCGGUCUGUACUGGACCAAUGUUCAGUGGUCGGCUUAUCUCCCCAUCAACGAUUCCGGCAUCUUUGACAACACGGGUGCGCGAUACAAUAUUUCUCGCGUCGUUGUCCCCGGCACCGGCACACUGAACCAAACAGCCUAUGAAGCGUACUCCCCCGCAUACUAUAGCGCUGGAAAUCUGGUCGUCUACGGAGCCUUUUUUGCUUUCUAUCCCCUGACCUUUGUUUUCAUCUUUCUUGAUGCCUGGCGUCCUCUCUGGCGGGCCACCAAAUCAAUGUGCGCGUCCGUUGCCGAAGUCACCGCCCGAUUCUUCAGCGGCAUCGCCAGUUCUGCUGGCUCUCUCGUCCGCGGCCGUUUCGGUGACAGCGCUCGCCAUCUCUACAAUAUUGGCAAGACUGAGUCGUCCAUUUAUGAUGGUUUCGACAAUCCGCUGACGGAUUUGGUCCGCAAGUACCCCGAGGUUCCUGACUGGUGGUUCUUGAUGAUUGCCCUGAUAUCCUUCAUCUUCUCCAUCAUCAUUUUGACCCAGUGGCCUCAGCUAGACACUCCUGUCUGGACCAUCUUCUUCGUCAUUGCACUGAACCUGAUUUUCCUCAUCCCCAUGUCCUACCUAUAUGCCAUCUCUGGUACCACUGAAGGACUCAACGUUGUGACCGAGCUUAUCGUCGGAUAUGCUCUUCCUGGUCACCCCGAAGCCCUCAUGUUCGUCAAGGCGUUUGGUUACAACAUCAACGGUCAAGCCGACAACUACAUUUCUGACCAAAAGAUGGGUUUCUACGCAAAGCUGCCCCCGCGUGCCAUGUACCGUGGCCAGGUCCUCAGCUCCGUUGUCUGCAGUUUCAUCGCGUACGCUGUCGUUCAGUUCGCCGAUACCCAGAUUCCUCACAUUUGCGACCCUCAUCAAGAGUCCAAAUUCACAUGCGCCAAUGGUUCCCAAGUCUACUUUUCUGCGUCUGUGGUGUGGGGUGCCAUUGGUCCUGCUCGCAUCUUUUCGCAAAUCUAUCCUGCCCUCAAAUACUGCUUCCUACUCGGCUUUCUCUUGGCCGUUUUCUGGUGGGUGGGCAAGCGCUUCGGCAGCCACGUCCGCAACGCCGCCAAGAAUGCGCUCCCUGGCGCCAUCUACACGCCCCUCAAUCUCGUCUUCUUCAAGCCCUUGUCUCUUCUCAAGAAUAUUCACCCUUCCUUGAUCAUGAAUGGUCUCCUCUUUUGGGCCCCCAACAACCUUUCGUACUUUACUGGUGGUGUAUAUGUCUCGUUUGCCUUUAUGUACUACCUCAGACGGUACAAGACUGCUUGGUGGGAAAAGUACAACUAUUUGCUCUCGGCGGCUUUGACGGGCGCCGUUGCGUUUUGCGGCAUCAUUCUCUUCUUUGCGGUGCAGUAUCACCCCAAGGACAUUCACUGGUGGGGAACCGACAUUGUCGGAAACACCAUUGAUGGGCGCGGCCUCGACGAUGCGCAAGUUGCUCUCCUUUCUACGAAUAGUACCUUUGGCCCGUCCACGUGGCACUAG